UCCCGGUCCGUCCCGGGAAGGGAAGAGGGCGGGCCGCGCAGGGGGUGUGACAGCUCCCGGCCGGACCAGUGCCAGCUGCAGCCUCGCUUCAGCGCCCGGUGCCAGCUGGCUCUUUCGUCUGGGACGGAGGGGAGGCUCGGGGCUCCUUGUCGCUGGGGGUGGGGGAACGCCCCCCCAAGCCCCCAGCUUUCCCCCCACCCAAGAGGAGCCUCUCAACCCAGCCUGGCUCGGGCUGCCCUGGCAGCGGGUCCAGCUAGGAACUGGCCUGCUCACUUCGCCUGGGACUUACAACAGGGGCUCGCUGUUGGCGUGGGGAGGGGGGGUGGGGGUCUCCCGUCACCCCCAGCCUUUUGCUAGAGGCUGCACGGCUGUGCGAGCUUGAGGAGGAACAUGAAGGUGGGCUGGCCAGGUGAAAGCCGCUGGCAGGUGGGCCUGGCCGUGGAGGACAGCUCAGUUCUGGGGGCGCCGCCGGUGGGAGGGCUCCCGGACGUGGUGCCGGAGGGGACGCUGCUCAGCAUGGUGCUGAGGAGGAUGCAUCGGUCCCGAAGCUGCUCCUACCAGCUGCUUCUUGAGCACCAGCGCCCCAGCUGCAUCCAGGGGCUUCGCUGGACGCCACUCACCAACAGCGAGGAGUCCCUGGAUUUCAGCGUGAGCCUUGAGCAGGCCUCCACGGAGCGGGUGCUUAGGGCUGGGAAGCAGCUGCAUCGGCAUCUCCUGGCCACCUGCCCCAACCUCAUCCGAGACCGCAAGUACCACCUCAGACUCCACCGGCAAUGCUGCUCUGGCCGGGAACUGGUGGAUGGGAUCUUGGCCCUGGGGCUGGGGGUCCAUUCCCGGAGCCAAGCCGUGGGAAUCUGCCAGGUGCUGCUGGAUGAAGGUGCCCUCUGUCAUGUGAAACACGACUGGGCCUUCCAGGAUCGAGAUACCCAAUUCUACCGUUUCCCCGGGUCGGAGCCAGAGCCUGCAGGCAUCCACGAGCUGGAGGAGGAGUUGGCUGAGGCUCUGGCCUUGCUCUCCCAGCGGGGGCCUGACGCCCUGCUCACGGUGGCGCUUCGAAAGCCCCCCGGGCAGCGCACAGACGAGGAGCUGGACCUCAUCUUUGAGGAACUGCUGCACAUCAAGGCCGUGGCCCACCUCUCCAACUCGGUGAAGCGGGAAUUAGCGGCAGUUCUGCUCUUUGAACCACACAGCAAGGCAGGGACCGUGUUGUUCAGCCAGGGGGACAAGGGCACCUCAUGGUACAUCAUCUGGAAGGGAUCUGUCAAUGUGGUGACCCACGGCAAGGGCCUGGUGACCACACUGCACGAGGGAGACGACUUUGGGCAGCUGGCUCUGGUGAACGAUGCACCCCGGGCAGCUACCAUCAUCCUGCGAGAAGACAACUGUCAUUUUCUUCGCGUGGACAAGCAGGACUUCAACCGUAUCAUCAAGGAUGUGGAAGCAAAGACCAUGAGGCUGGAGGAACAUGGCAAAGUGGUGUUGGUGCUGGAGAGAACCUCUCAGGGCACUGGCCCUUCUCGUCCCCCAACCCCAGGCAGGAACCGGUAUAUAGUGAUGUCUGGCACCCCGGAGAAGAUCCUAGAGCUUCUGUUGGAGGCCAUGCGGCCUGAUUCCAGUGCUCAUGACCCAACAGAGACAUUCCUCAGCGACUUCCUCCUGACCCACAGUGUCUUCAUGCCCACUGCCCAGCUUUGCGCUGCCCUCCUGCACCAUUUCCACGCGGAGCCCGCGGGAGGCAGCGAGCAGGAGGGCAGCACCUACAUCUGCAACAAGAGACAACAGAUCCUGCGGCUGGUCAGCCAGUGGGUGGCCCUGUACGGCCCCGUGCUCCACACCGACACUGUGGCCACCAGCUUCCUCCAGAAACUGUCAGACCUGGUGAGCAGGGAUGCCCGGCUUAGCAACCUGCUGCGGGAGCAGUGGCCAGAGAGGCGGCGACACCACAGGAUCCAGGGGCUGGAUUUCAAGUCUUGCCUGUCUCACCAAAUCUUUGAUCCUCACCAGAUCUGCAAACCUCUGAGCCUCUGGUUGGAAAAUGGCUGUGGGAACGCAUCUCCGCAGAUGAAGGUGUCUGCCCCGAAUGAGGUCCUCUCGCUUCUGCGGGGCCCCAGCUGUCCCCACUCCUCCAGGGACCACCGGGCCCCUCCUUCGGCCCCUACCCAAGGGGCUCUGCAUGGGAAGCCCCCGUCCCCUGUCGGCCCCAGGCACAUCCAUGGGUCUGGGAUAAGUGUUCAUGGAGCUCGGGCUUCAUGUGGCGCUGGGGCCAGGCCCUGCAGGGAGACACAGAGGUCUAAGGCGCGGAACAUGCCUGUUUGGCUCCCCAGCCAGGAUGAACCUCUCCCCAGCAGCAACUGUGCCAUCCGAGUCGGGGACAAAGUCCCCUAUGACAUCUGCCGGCCGGACCACUCGGUGCUGACCCUGCAGCUGCCUGUGACGGCCUCAGUGAGAGAGGUGAUGGCGGCGCUGGCCCAGGAGGACGGCUGGACUAAGGGGCAGGUGCUGGUGAAGGUGAACUCUGCGGGCGACGCCAUUGGCCUGCAGCCAGAUGCCCGUGGUGUGGCCACAUCCCUGGGGCUCAACGAGCGGCUCUUUGUUGUCAGCCCUCAGGAAGUGCACAAGCUGACCCCACACCCCGAGCAGCUGGGGCCCACCGUGGGCUCUGCAGAGGGGCUGGACCUGGUGAGCACCAAGGACCUGGCGGGCCAGCUGACGGACCACGACUGGAGCCUCUUCAACAGCAUCCACCAGGUGGAGCUGAUCCACUACGUGCUGGGCCCCCAGCCCCUGCGGGACGUCACCACCGCCAACCUGGAGCGCUUCAUGCGCCGCUUCAAUGAGCUGCAGUACUGGGUGGCCACAGAGCUGUGUCUGUGCCCUGUGCCCGGCCUGCGGGCCCAGCUGCUCAGGAAGUUCAUCAAGCUGGCCGCCCACCUCAAGGAGCAAAAGAAUCUCAAUUCCUUCUUUGCCAUCAUGUUUGGCCUCAGCAACUCGGCCAUCAGCCGCCUGGCCCAGACCUGGGAGAGGCUGCCCCACAAAGUCCGGAAGCUCUACUCGGCUCUCGAGAGGCUGCUGGACCCCUCAUGGAACCACCGUGUGUACCGUCUGGCCCUCACCAAGCUCUCCCCUCCCCUCAUCCCCUUCAUGCCCCUUCUUCUCAAAGACAUGACCUUCAUCCAUGAGGGAAAUCACACACUGGUAGAGAAUCUCAUCAACUUUGAGAAGAUGAGAAUGAUGGCCAGAGCUGCGAGGAUGCUGCACCACUGCAGAAGCCACAGCAGCGUGCCUCUGUCACCGCUUAGAAGCCGAGUCUCCCACCUGCACGAGGACAGCCAGGCGACCAGGAUUUCCAUGUGCUCAGAGCAGUCCCUGAGCACCCGGAGUCCAGCCAGCACCUGGGCUUACGUCCAGCAGCUGAAGGUCAUCGACAACCAGCGGGAACUGUCCCGCCUCUCCCGGGAGCUGGAGCCGUGAGGAGGGGCUGGGCUGCAGCGGGCACUGGCCGCCAGGAGAGCCAGGGCGAGCCGGGCCAGGAGGCCCACGGGCUGGCCGCGCCGGGCAGGGGCUCUCCGCGGACUGAACUUGAGGCCCUGGAGUGGGCGGCACGGAGGCAGCCGUCCCCUUGAUGACUGGCGGCCAAGGAGGACCUCGGAAUGGAAUGAGCCGGGGCCCAAGGCCAAGGAAUGGGGGACAGAGAGGCCCUGGAGUGGGUGGGAGAGCGGAGCGCAGCCUCUGUGUGUUCAAUAGAGAGCUCUCCGCACCGGGUCUUUUCCAGA